CGCCUCCGCCCGCCGCAGGGGCUGAGCCUCUCCGCCUCGAGGGGGCGGGCGCAUCUUCCGAAAGGCCUCAGCCGGCUUCCGGUCGGGGCCGGAAGUGGUGGUUACUAAGGCGACGUCAAGCGGCUGGCCCAGAGUUUCAUUGAAGUUCACAGGUUUACCUUCUGCGAUGUCAUCCCCCAAAGGAAGUCGAGCCCAGAAGAUGAGGCUGCCCAUUCUCACACAAAAGGGGCCACUGGAGGUGCCAUCCCCAACGGAGAAGGACUGGCCUAAGGAUGAUGAGAAGGAUUACGUCUUCAAGGAUCCAGAUCAGGAGGUGGAUUCCUUGCCUCAGCCUUAUCGAAUGAUCAACAAGCUGGUGAACCUUCUGUUUGACAAGUCGUGGGAAAUUAUCGAGGAGAGGGACACAUCUAGGGAAGCUGAGCUCAGCCAGGUCCAGCCCACCAUGUACCCUCCAGUUAUAGAAAGCAAGCUCAACAAAAUGCCAAAUUGUAUGGCUAUUUCCCAAGACUAUGUAUUUAUUGGAGAAGCCAAAGGAUUCUCCAUCUAUAAUCUCUACGAUGCCAAACGGAUAUAUGUUUGGGAGAAACUUAAGGUUGACGUCACUUCCAUCUGCGCCACGGAUUUGGAGAAUGAAACACUUAUCACUACUGUGGAUGAAAUGGGUAUCAUUAGACUGUUUUAUUUUUAUAAAGAUGGUCUUUUCCUGAUCAAAGCUAUCAAUGAAGUGGAUGACUCCAGCAAGCAAACCACCUGUCUGAAGACAGAGAUCUCUCAAGAAGGGGACUUUGCAGCCUUCCUCCUACAAGGAGCCGGGGAAAUUUGGCUGGAUGUGUAUAAAUUGCCCAAGGAGUCUUGGCUCAAGGAGGUGGAGCACCCCCAACCGGGUACAAAUCCAAAGAAAAAAGUCGGACAGGCACACCCGAAUGCUCUUGAUCUCAUGGUUUCAGAAAAUUUAGAAAUGGAUGUAAACAUUUGUUUUAGAGGAGACAUUAAAUUGAGUCUUCCAGUUCACAUAAUGAAGAUCAAACCACCUAAACCAGUUACAGGAACCACAUUCAAAAGCCCCUUGGAAGCUUUUGCAAAGCUAGAGGGCUGCUCCGGGCUGGGCUCGGGGCAGAAUCACUUCAUCAAGGACAGUCAGUGGGAACAGCAAAGGGCCAUCUUCAGCGCCUCCUACGCAAAGUACCUGGAUGGGGAGUGUGAGCAGGAGCCGCUCAGUACGGCCACGUUCCACUUCCUCCUUCCCAGCCGCAUGACCGCAAUGCCAGCAGAAGCCCAGAGCCCCUCGGGGGCAGCCCGGGUCCUUGGCGCGCACUGGACGGGAAGCCACAGCUUCUUCCUCUGUCCCCUUAACCGGGCUCUGGAGGGUAAAGCCGAUCCCGAGGGCGUGUGGCCCUGUGCCGCGCCCAUCACGGCCUCUCGGCUCAGCUACUCCAGCCCCCACCUGGCGCUGGCCUGCGAGGAUGGCGUGCUCACACUGUGGGACCUGGCUGACGGACUCCCGCUCGGGGUCGUCGCCCUUCCUGAGGGGUGUUUCUGCCAAAGCAUUCACUUCCUGAAACACUUCUUAGUCCACAAAGGACAGAACAUGUAUCCCGAAGGCCCAGUGACCUCGGGAAUGAAAUGUGUGGUGCUGUGCACAGACGCUUCUCUCCAUCUGGUGGAAGCCAAGCGCACCCACGGACCCACCACCCGCGUGCUUGUUGAGAGGCCAGAAAAGCACUUGGAUGAAGCCCUCUGUGCUGUGGCCCCCGUCCCAGCCUUACCGGGCAUGGUGCUGACCUUCUCCAGGAACGGCUCUGUGCGCCUCCUGGACGUGGCCAUGCCGCAGACCGUCUGUGCCUUCGCCCUGCCCAGGCCCUACCACCUGGCGGCCCCCUGGGAGCCGACGUUCGUCGUGUCUUUACGCCACCCGUACUUCCUGCUCCGAGGAGACCGAGACCGCCCAGAUGAAACUGCCACCACGGACCAAGCCAAGGACACCCCACAUUCUGUUUUCUAUUUUAAUUUUGAGGCCUACCCACUCCUGGAAAACAUCGCAAGAAACCACACCAUUCCUCCGACUGACUUAGUGGGUGACACGGCCUUCACACGGGGGCUGCCCUUGGAGAAAAGAUGCGAGGAUUUCCUCCGGAAGAGGUUUCAGAAACUGGAGAAGAAUGAGGUGAAGGAGCAGGAGCUCUGGACCCGGCUCCAGAGGUAUGCCCUGCUUCUCCAAAGAGAGAGCCCCGAGGAGUAACUGGCUGCUGCCACGGGCUCUCAGGAAGGCUGGCAGCAGGCAGGCUUCACCCCAGGAGGCCCUGCGGUGCAGACACGACGACAAAGCGCUGCAGCUCAGUAGGUCUAGGUCCCUGGGGCCUGGACUUGCAGCUUGGGCCCGCUGUAGAGCCAGCAAGGGGAGAGGUGCGAUUUGGGGGACCUUCAACCCCUAAGCCACCUGCAAGAGCCCUCAGGAGGGCAGAUGUGUCACCCAAAUAAACAGUGAUAUUGCUUCC